GUAUACGUUCACUCGCACGUGGUCUUUGUGUCUUCUGCUUCAACAUUCUGUCGUUAGUUGGUUCAGAAUUUCAAGCUUAAAUCUCGAAGUGCCUGCUAACAAUUUUUAAGCUUUUACACUUUCAUGAUGGCGAAAAGAAAGAAGAGCACCAUCAUGCCGGAAUCGAAAGAUAACAAAAUUGAAGAAACUGCAUUGCCAUUGGUGCGAACAUCAGACGAGCCUGUGACGAAAAAGGCGAAAUGGGUGAACAAACAAAGAGUUCUUGUCUUUGCUGCACGUGGAAUAACACAAAGAGAUAGGCACUUGAUGGUUGACUUGCGUGAUAUGAUGCCUCACUCCAAAACAGAAAGUAAAUUUGAGAGAAAGGACCCUCUAUUUGUCAUCAAUGAAAUUUGUGAAAUGAAGAAUUGUAGUAAAUGCAUAUUUUUUGAAGGAAGGAAAAAACAAGAUUUGUUUCUUUGGCUUGCAGAUGUUCCAAAAGGGCCUAGUGCUAAAUUUUAUAUUGAAAAUGUGCACACAAUGAAAGAAUUGAAAAUGACUGGAAAUUGCUUAAAGGGCACAAGACCAUUGCUAUCGUUUGACUCCAGUUUUGACACACAUCCACAUUGGUCUCUAUUAAAGGAACUCAUGACACAGAUCUUUUCAACUCCUAAGAAUCAUCCCAAAAGUCAACCAUUCUUUGACCAUGUUUUCACUUUUACGAUAAUUGAAAAACGGAUCUGGUUUCGAAACUUUCAAAUUCUUGAAGAGGAUGGUCAGCUUGCUGAAAUAGGGCCACGAUUUGUGUUGAAUCCCAUCAAAGUUUUCGAUGGGAGUUUUGGCGGAGAAACUAUUUGGGAAAAUUCUAGUUAUGUUACGCCAAAUGCGUAUCGCCGAAUGCUGAACUUACAAACAGGAUUGAAGUAUCGUCAGAAAAUUGAGCAAAAGUUGUCGCUGGCAGCAAGACAACCGACAGGAGAUCUAUGCGAUUUGGACCCGCUUGAUGAAGAGGUUUUUGAAGACAAAAAUGCAGCUAAAAUUGUUAAAGAAGUUGCGAGCAAUCGUGGUGAAGGUGGGAAAAAAAAGAAAAAAGAGAAGAAAAAGAAGAUGAAGAACCCAAAAGCAACUGGCAAGAAAAGAGCUGGAGCUAUUUUUAAUGAAAUCUUGGGUGAUUCUGGCGAUGAAUAACUGUUGUCUUGUAAACGACGUACUGAAUACAAACCGUUCUGACGCUGA